AUGUCUUCUAGCGAUAAACCCAGCCAAGGAUUUGCAGAUAAAGACGGCCAUUUCAGGCGCAAGGACUCUGCUUUCCGAAACAACAUCUCAGCCGAUCCGACUUCUGCCUUUCCAGCCGAAUCUGGUCGCUAUGUAUUGUGGAUCCAUAAGGGCUGCCCUUGGGCUCAUCGAACGUACAUUGUCAGGGCUUUGAAGGGGCUGGAGGACGUCAUCGAGCUGGUCGUGCUCGAUGAUGCUGAGAAGAAGGGUGGCAAGAUGCUGUGGUGCUUUAGUGGUGAGAAGAGAGACCCGCUAUAUGGGUUCAAAUACUUGAAAGAGCUAUAUGAGAAAAGCGAGCCCGGCUACGACGGGAGAUACUUGGUCCCAACUUUGUGGGACAAAAAGACAGAGAAAAUUGUCAACAACGAGUCUAGCGAGAUAAUCCGCAUGCUCUACACCGAAUUCGAUGCUUUCAUCCCAGAGCAUCUCCGCGAGGCGACGAAAGGCUCGAUGGGAUUGUACCCGCCUCAAUUACGCUCUGAAAUCGAUGCGUUGAAUGAGUGGGUUUAUGACACUAUCAACAACGGUGUUUACAAGACUGGCUUCGCCACGAGUCAGGAUGCCUAUGAAGCUAACGUGUACCCAUUAUUCAAAUCCCUUGACCGCGUCGAAGAGCAUCUCUCGCAGCCCGGCCAUCAACCCUACCUCUUCGGCGAGAACAUCACCGAGGCUGAUAUCCGGCUCUACACCACACUGAUACGGUUCGAUGUCGCAUAUUACACAGUUAUGGGGUGCAACUUGAAGAUGAUCAGAUAUGAGUACCCGCGGAUACACGACUGGCUAAGGAGGCUCUAUUGGGACGAGGGUGAGAAGACCAAUGGCGGGGCGUUCAAGAAGACCUCCCAUUUUGAAGUCUACAAAGCGGGAUAUGCUGCCGCGCGAGGAGUGACGAUAAUACCAGUCGGGCCGGUUCCAGAUAUCAUGCCUUUGUCAGCCUAA